CUGAUGGCUAUGGGACCUCGGACGGUCUAGAUAACUGAAGCGAAUUCAGUUGGGUUGUUUUGUCGGGGCUCCUUCAACCCAACAAUUCCCAGAGAAAGGACUACAACUUUUACCUUUCCUGUCCACCGGGAGAUCAUGGCUCAGGCACCGAGCGUUAGAGGGCCACUUUUGGUUCUGGUUCUACAGCUUGUUCUUAUCUGCUCCGCUCAAAGGAGCCAAGGACCUGCUGGGCCUGCAGGUGUACCAGGAAUUGAUGGCAUUUCUGGGGCCAGGGGAGAAGAUGGCGCGGAAGGACCUCCUGGACCUGAUGGAGAUGCAGGCAAACCCGGCUCUACAGGAUUACCUGGACUUCCUGGAAAUGAUGGUUUGACCGGCCCUAUUGGAGACGCAGGGCCCGAUGGUCCCCUCGGACAGAAAGGUGAGCCUGGAAAAUCUGGACCUCGUGGAGCCACUGGUGUUGGGCCAGAUGGACCACCCGGACCACCUGGGCCUGGAGGACUUUUGGGUGAAGUGGGAAGGGUUGGACCACUUGGGUCCAUAGGUGUGAGAGGGCCACAGGGACCUCGUGGAACAACAGGGCCCAGAGGUGCAGCUGGAAUGCAAGGCAGUUCUGACCUGUGUCCAAACUCUUGUCCGCCUGGGACCUCUGGACAUCCAGGCCUCCCUGGCAUGAAGGGCCAUAAAGGUGUAAAAGGUGAAGCAGGAGAACCUGGGAAACAAGGGCACAAGGGUGAGGAGGGAGACCAGGGUGGUUCAGGGGAGCUCGGAUCCCAAGGACCAACGGGUCCUCAGGGAAUUCGUGGAGCCAUGGGAAUGAUGGGCCACAAGGGAGAGUUGGGAGCUCGAGGUCUUGGUGGAGAUCCAGGUCCCCAGGGUGUUGCAGGGGCAACUGGGGAUCGAGGCCAGAGAGGUGUGAUGGGCGAGCUUGGGCCUAAAGGUGAAACUGGUGUUCUAGGGCCGAGAGGAAUCACAGGUGUUCCCGGUCCAAAGGGAGACGGUGGUUUGCCCGGUGUGGAUGGCCGCGAGGGUAUUCCUGGGAUGCCCGGAGCAAAGGGAGUCAUUGGGAAGUCAGGCGUUCCUGGAGAGGUUGGACUUCAGGGGCUUCCUGGUUUGCCUGGUUCAACUGGACCAAAAGGCUUGACUGGCUCUAAGGGAGACGUUGGUCAGGCAGGCAUCCCGGGAACAAUGGGACCUGCUGGCAAAGCAGGUGAGCGUGGAGAACAGGGGGGGCUGGGACCUAUUGGGCCUAUUGGAGAACCUGGAGCUGUAGGUGUGCAAGGGCCUGUAGGUUCAGCAGGCAAGCCAGGUGCCAGGGGAUCCAAAGGUGACCCCGGCCUCCUUGGUCUUCCUGGUCCUCAUGGACUGCCCGGUGUGAAGGGAGACAGGGGAGACCGUGGAGAGCCAGGACCCAAAGGAGAGCAGGGAGGUCAAGGUGAUGAGGGAAACCCUGGAGACAAAGGGGAGCUCGGUGAGGCUGGAGAAGGUGGAGCUAAAGGAGAGACCGGUAACAUAGGCGAUGCUGGCAAAAGAGGACCAGAGGGAAGCCGAGGACAGCCAGGCAUCGAAGGGCCACCUGGCACACCUGGACCACGGGGCAUGCAGGGGAACAGAGGCCCACCUGGAGUUAGGGGGUCCCAGGGUCCUGCGGGUAAAGAGCCAAGCGAUCAGCACAUCAAACAAGUUUGCAUGCGCGUCAUGCAAGAACAGCUGGCACAGUUAGCCGCUAGCUUAAGAAGGCCAGAGUCGGGCGUUGUUGGUCUACCUGGAAAACCUGGUCCUCCAGGGCCCCCUGGGUCUCAAGGAGACAACGGCUUCCCGGGGCAGGGCGGAACAAGAGGCCUUCCAGGACUCAAAGGGCCACAAGGAAUGCUUGGAGUUAAAGGACCCAAAGGUGAAUUGGGAGACAGAGGCUCCAGAGGGCCCACUGCUCGAGGACCUAAAGGUCAGCCAGGACCUCCCGGACUCCCUGGUGAGCCCGGCAAACCCGGCUACGGUCAGGACGGUCGGGACGGGCAGCGAGGACCUCCUGGUAUUCACGGACAGCCCGGCGUUCCUGGUCCUCCCGGUUCAGCUGGUCCUAACGGAUACUGCGACCCAUCAGCCUGCAACCUCCAGCCAGGAGCCCAGCUUGUGGAUACGAAGGGCCCCGCAGGAAACUAAAGAGCCACUCUGGCAGAGACAGAAAGACUGAUGGAUCAGCUCUCCUGAGCACACAACAUUUUUCACACGUUCUUCCCAGGGCCUGCGGUUUGUGAGGUGCCUUCCAUCACUUAACCUCUAGUCUGUGAGCAUGUAUUGUGGCAUCUCCAUGACAAUGAGCCAGCCUCUUCAUAAAAAACCUUUCAAUAAUUGUUUUUUUAAGUGCUGCAAUAACAGCUUGUGCUGAAAGUGUUCUCACAUUUCUGAGAAGAUAUGAAAUGACUAGAACUGUUUAUUUAUCCGGCUCUCCUUGUGCCUCUUUGUAUUUUUUUUUUUUACAGUUCUCUUAAAUAAAGCCCCUCCACCCAUUACACAACAUUUCAAACAACCACCCACAGCAAAUCAGGAUGUUGUUUGGUUGAAGUGCCUCUUCAACAUUUUGUGCUGUAUAUGCUAAUGUACCAAAGAUACCCCUUUUGAAAUAUAAUUUCUACCUGUCUGACUGUCUUCAGCCCCACUGUUCAAAUAAAAAGGAGAAAGGAUAAAAAUGUCAUCAAGUCACACUGACUUCACUUUGUUGAAAAUGUUGUAAAUCUGUAAAAAAAAUGUUUGAAUUGUGGUUCGUUAUAUUUCCUGCAAAACAACUUGAUGUGUACAGUCGUGCAUAUAUGGAAAUAUAUUUUAGG